AAAAAGUAUGCCUCGGUGUAGCCAAUUCAUUUAAAUAAACCCAACAACGGUGUCUGUGUUAGGACAUGAAAAAGAAACUCUCAGAUGUGCAGUUACAAUUUGAAGAGCAUUGAAAUAUCUCAAUAUUUACUGAUGAAAGGUUUUUCUUAUACCAAAAUAAUUCCUCUUGUAUUGAUCUUAGGUGUUGUAAAUACAGAUUUAUUGUUUGUUGGUUAUUCUUCUGUUUUUGUUUUUAUGGUUUCUACAUCACAAGUAAAAUAUCAGCCUGGACUGUAAAUGCCUGUAUAACUCAGUCUAUAAGUUUUUUUUUCUUUGACAGUGAGAUAUUUGUUGCAAAGGAGUUGCUCCCUUUAUUAUACCUCAUUGCACUGAGUCAGUACACAGACGUUGAUAAUGAAACAGCAGAUAUGGACUGGGCAAAUCUCCGCUCCCCUGGCAGACCGACAGGAAGGGACAAAGUUUUGUUCACUCUGAUUUGGAGCUUCCCAACAACAGCAGCAGCGGGCUCUAGGAGAAGGUGACAGGCGCCUGUGGAAAAUAAAAACCGACUGGGGUGAAAUUCUAACACCCCAAAGCAAUCCAGGUGAUGUUUUAAGGCUCUAAACAGGAAGGUCUGAGGGAAAAAGCCACAGGUCUACUGGAUGUUUUUUUUUUUUUUGUUUUGUUUUGCGACAGGUACCAGGACACUUCCUUAAACUGCUUCACUCCAGUCUCUGGUCUGACAGGUGGUACAGGUGGUACCCAAAGGGGUGUAUCAGCAAAAUUACCAAAAACACAUCGGGUUCCUGGGCAGGAGAGCAGAUUGAACAAUACGGGAAGACAGCGUGGGAGUGCUCAGGACUGGAGGUGGGCGUGCAGACAAAGACGGGGCUGCAUCAGAUCACCUCUGUCAGAUCGCCUUUUUUUUGGAUAGGUGGACACUAUGAAGCUGUCCGGAACUACACUGGACCUGGACUCUACCGACUACACUAUGACCCUUGACCCCUCCUACACAAUGCUGGAGUUUGAUAGUCUAAGAAUGCUACCUGUGGAGGCGGAGCCCUUGGUACCAGAGCCAACCCCCCUGCCUCCAGCAGCCAGUGGGGGCCUGUGUUCCAUCUGUGCAGACAGAGCCACAGGGAAGCACUACGGGGCCUCCAGCUGUGAUGGAUGCAAGGGCUUCUUCAGGAGGAGCGUGAGGAAGAACUACGCUUACACCUGCAGGUUUAACAGGCAGUGUGUGGUGGACAGAGACAAGAGGAACCAGUGCAGGUACUGCAGGCUGCGCAAGUGCUUCAGAGCUGGCAUGAGAAAGGAAGCGGUGCAGAAUGAGCGCGACCGCAUUAGCAACCGCAGAGCGGACGAGAUGGGACUGGGGUCUCUCUCCAUCAGCGUAUUCCUGCAGGCAGAAGCCAGCGCACACCAGUUUUCAGCUCUGACCCCGCCCAUCAACUGUGACAUCAGUACCAAGAAGAUUGCGAGCGUGGGCGAUGUGUGCGAGUCCAUGAAGCAACAGCUACUCCUGCUGGUGGAAUGGGCGAAGCGCAUCCCAGAAUUCUGUGCACUGCCAGUGGAUGACAGGGUACUUCUGUUACGAGCCCAUUCAGCAGAGCACCUCAUACUGGGAGUGGCUCGUCGCUCCAUGCCCUACAGUGACAUCAUCUUGCUGGGAAAUGACUUCAUCAUCCCGGUGAACGGGCCAGAAGUGGAGGUGUCCAGAGUGGCGGCUCGUAUCCAGGAGGAGCUGGUCAAGCCCCUGAGGGAGCUGGACAUCACCGACGGGGAGUUCGCCUGCCUGAAGGCCAUCGUCUUCUUCGCCCCAGAUUGCCCAGGACUGGAGUGCUCUCAGGCUGUGCGCAGGCUGCGCUUCCAGACCCAGGUCCUGCUGGAGGAGGCGGCCAGCGAGCAGCGGGGGCGCCUGGGGGAGCUGCUGCUGACUCUGCCCCCGCUGCAGAGCGUGGCCUGGCAAAUGGUGGAGCAGCUGCAGCUGGUGCGGCUCCUGGGCGAGGCGAGCAUCGACAGCCUGCUGCAGGAGAUGCUGCUGGGGGAGGCCGCACCAGCGGGAGGAGGAGGAGGAGGCGCCGUCACGCGAGCAGGUGCGAGUCCGGACGUCCUCUCGUUCCCCACGCCCGGAGCCGCCGCUCCAUCUCGGGAAAUGCUGGGGAGCCACGUCAUGUUGCCUGGCAACUUCACCUCCGUCAUCCUUCCAGUGCCCACAUCUCUCCAGCCGGCCCCUCUGGUACCUGCUAGAGCUGGUGCUGAGGUGUACGCGCACGCAGAGAGUGGUCGUGUUCCCACAGACUCUCUGCACGGUCUGACUAUACCACCAGUCCACACCUGUCUCUGAGUGACUGGCACAGUCAUGUGACCGACUGACAAUAGUCAGAGCUAUCGUCACUCUCAAGACUAUUAUCAGAGACAGUGUACAGACACACGUACACUUACAAUCACACAUGAAAAUUGACUGAAAAUAAACUGUUUUCUGAAAUUCA